GCAAAAUUUUGUGCAGAUUCCGGCUUGAGCCGACUCCUCGUCUCGCUCUGGAUCUGUGCAGCGUCCCUGACGCUGACUCUGAGUCUGACUCCGGGGCUUGAGCUGAGUUUCAAUGGCACAGAUCUGAGAUUGGCCAGAGUGAAAUCUGUGGUAGGGAGCUGAACUGCCGUCCUUGAGUGGUGGCAAGAGGCAGCAUUGCCCGUGUCUGCUGUGGACGUCCAGCAGCAGGGAUGGCGCGGUCUCUGAAUGCAGCGGCUUGUCUAUGCGCAGCAUUCUUCCUUGUCCAGUCUGUGUCUGCUGUCUAUGUUGCGAUCAAUUGUGGGGGAAACACAACAGCGGAACCAAGUCUUCCUAUCUACUACGAUGGCGUCAGCUACGGUCCAGGUCCCAUCUAUGACCCUAAUAACCAGUUUGUCUGGGUGAACAAGAAUCAGAAGACAAAUCCGCCGACAACAUUUGUCACAGAUCGCUACUAUUACGGAAGCAGCAACCAUGUUACAGACUGGAACAUAGGGCAUGGCACACUUAAUGACACCACUAACAUCAACGUUACGAAUGCCUACAAUGGUGACGACUACAUCUUUAUCACAGAGCGUUAUGGUCUGGAUCUCGCAUAUGCCAUCAACCUCCCCAACGGCAUCUACACGGUCGACUUUCUUGCUGCGGAGAGUUUGUACUCUGGCUCGAACCAGAGGGUGUUCGACAUUCUCUACCAGGGCAAGGUGGCCUACUCCUACUUUGACCCCUUUGCCUGGGCUGGCGCCAAGAACAAGGCAGUCACUGCCACCACUCAGAACGUGACAGUCACAAACGGCCUGCUCCUGGUCACACUCGUGCCGCGGAUCUAUGAGCCGUCUAUCAGAGGCAUCCGCGUGUACGACAACGACCAGUUCACCGCUCUUCCCCCACCUCCAACUGCGCGGAGCAUCAACUGCGGGGGGGGCGAGUAUAGAGCUGCGGACGGGUCUGUCUGGGAGGGGGACAAGUUCUUCACCACCGAUGCUGGCCCCAUCACAGUCCUCCAGUUCAUCAACAACACCGCGACGGCCCCUGCAAACAUCACUUCGCGGGUCGGCAGGAACCUCCUUCAAGUGAACACAACCGCGGCAAAUGCCACGCUCCCCCGCCCGGCAAAUGCCACCCUCCUCAACGCAACCGCCGCAGCCGUUCCCAACGCAACCGUGGCAGUUGUGCGGAACAACACCCUCCCCGACAAUAACACCCUGGCCGCCAACACAACCCCAGACAACAACACCGUUGAGAUUCAGCAGCUGUACCCGGUGCCUGUAACCUACAAGGGCCCCGAUGCGCAGCUCUACUUGACCGGCAGAACCGAAAACGACUUUCAGUAUCUCAUCAACGUUCCCAAUGGGGAGUACGUCGUCGAGCUCCACCUCUGCGAGUUUGUCUUCUCCAAGCCUUCGCAGCGGAUCUUCACGGUUAAGAUUAACCACGUGCCCGCAGUCAUGCAGUUAGACUUGGUCGCGACGGUCGGUUACAAUGUGCCGCUGGUGGUUAAGCAGCCGGUCACGGUAACGAACGGCCUGCUGAAGCUGGAGUUUGUGGGGGACGUGCUGUUCGGGAGCCUGAAGUCCAACGCCACUGUGUCGGGGAUCAAAUGCUACCCCAACACGAACGCCACGGGCAACUUCUCACUGGGGAUUGAUUCGGGGUCAAUCAUGGAUGUCCUUAGCGGCCUCGGAAUAGUUUACAAGAAGGACGCCUACUACAACGCCAACGACUCCCGGGUGGUCGCCCUCAACCCCCAGUCCACGACCGGCUCGUACCCACCCUACCAGGUGUUCCUCCCCAUCGGCACCGGCAUCGACGACUUUGUCUAUGCAACCGCGCUCCAAGGCCCCGUGUCGUACAACAUCCCGGUCCCGAACGGCCAGUACGCGGUCGACCUGCAGUUCGCGGAGAUCGAGCCGGGCGUCGGGUCCGGACAGCGGGUCUUUAGCGUGAACCUGCAGGGGGCGCUCGCGAUUGCAAACCUGGAUAUCUUCAACCAGAGCGGGGGGAACCGGACGGCGCUCGUGAUUCAGAAGGAGGUGGUGGUGACGUCAGGGACGUUGAAGAUUGAUCUCGUGCCGGUGGUCGGGCAGCCGAUCAUCAACGGGCUGUUCAUCCACCCGGGCCUUGCUACCGCAACAGGGAAUCUGACCGUUUCGAGCCUCCCUAAGCUUCCGGCUCUGACUGCCCCUGCCCCCGGCCCCGCCCAAGCCAUCCCUCAGCUGCCCUUCCCUCUUCCCCCGGGCGGGUUCAGCUACGCCGUCGUGUGCGGGGACUUCAAGGACUACAACUCGUCCUUCGGGGUGACGUUCCACGCCGAUACAGUGGAGUGCGACCCGGGCAAUGUGGUCCCUGCAAACUCCCCUUACUGCCGCACCAACAUCAAGGGGCCUCAGGGCGGGUACGCCUUCUGCCUGAACGACACGUUCCCCAUCAGCCAGACGAACGACCCGACAAUCUUCCGCUGUGAGAGGAUUGGGUUCAACACGUACAAGUUCCGCGUGCCUCCCGGCCUGUACCAGUCGGACGCCUUCUUCGCCGAGAUCUCGUACGGCCCGCAGCCACCUGGCGGCCCGGGAUUGGUCACAGGAGAUGGCCAGCGGACAUUCAACCUGAACUACAACGGCGACUGGUUGGUGCUGGGCUACGACCCCUUCAAGGAGGCGGGCCAUAAAAGCUACGCUGCGGCCCCGGUCGUCACCAAUUACAUCCAAGUGGGUCUCGAGGGAAUCCUCAGCCUGCAAGUGUACCCGACGGGUGUGCCUCAAGCGCCCAAGAUCAGCGCGAUAUGGGUGCACCAGAUUGCGUAGCUUGCCCGAGUUGAGUCAAUUACUAAGUUAUGCUGACUUUUGGGCAGCACCUCUUGAUGCCGCCCGCGUGUAGCUAGAGUAGAAUCCAAGUUGAGAGGAGCCGUGAAGUUUUUCUUACGCAGGUGCCGUGUUUGAUUGAUCCUUACAAGUAAAUGAGGCUCGUCUUGAGUCACCUGUUAGCCAACUAAUUCCGGUAGACUAGUCAACGAGUUUAGUCAGGAUCUGAAGUCAAAUCAGAAAUUCUUUUCCGCCAAUAUUCUUGUCAUCUGCUCUCGUUAUAGGGGCCAUGCCGCGCAGACAAGCCGAG